AACGCAACCUGGUGUCGUUUUGCACUUCCUGUUAGCUCGGAAAAGUAGCGGACGAGCGGUCGAAGAAAUUAACUGAUGUAUCUAUGUAAAAUCGUGACAUAAUUGUUCAGGAACGUGCUAUUCUGGAGCCUCUGAGGUCCUUAUUUAAGAGACGACAAUGAUCCGCUUCAUCCUCAUUCAGAACCGAGCAGGAAAGACACGACUGGCUAAAUGGUACAUGCAGUUUGAUGAUGAUGAGAAACAGAAGUUGAUUGAGGAAGUGCAUGCAGUGGUAACUGUCAGGGAUGCCAAGCACACCAACUUCGUGGAGUUCAGGAACUUCAAGAUCAUCUACCGGCGUUAUGCUGGUCUGUACUUCUGUAUUUGUGUGGAUGUGACUGAUAACAACUUGGCUUACCUUGAAGGAAUCCACAACUUUGUAGAGGUGCUGAAUGAGUAUUUUCAUAAUGUGUGUGAACUGGACCUGGUGUUCAACUUCUACAAGGUGUACACGGUGGUGGAUGAGAUGUUCCUGGCAGGAGAGAUCAGGGAAACCAGUCAGACCAAGGUCCUCAAGCAGCUCCUCAUGCUCCAGUCGCUUGAGUAGAACACAGACACCCAUCCUUCCCUCUAUUCUGCUGCCCUGGCACAAAAACCAACCCACCCCUUGUUCCCGAGACUUUGGAAAGGACUGCGGUAUCAUUUUCCUGCCUCCACAGAGCAGACUUCGCUCCUCACGCAACUUCAGCAGGGGGGGUGUUUUAGAAAGUACACAAUAUUGUUUACAUAUGAAUCUAUAAUAUGGAAGUUCAAUUAACCUUUUUGUCAUAGCAGUCUUCUAACAACGUCACCCGAUUUGAAGGCUGUACAGUUGAACGUGUUCAUAUACCACCUAGGUUACAGUCAACUUCAUAUUCAGGUCCCUUUUCCCCAAAGCCAGAGGCUGCAGAAAAUGAGUUAUUUCAUGUAGUAACCAGUUAGUCUUUGCAUUUAUCUCUGUGCAGUGUGAAAACACUGGUGUAGAUCUCUCCUCCCCCCUCCCAAACCCCCAACCGCCCACAUUAAUUUCAACAUUUAUUUAAUGGCACUACUGUAACUAACAAGCACCACGUCAAAAGAAAAAGCAUCUGUAAUGAUCCAUGUGCACCGAGCGCUUCCAGCAGCCUUGUAGCCAGUUAUGUAAACCCAUGUGAAAGAGAGAACUUGCCUGUGAUGUGGUAGCAGACUCGUCACUCCUGCUCAUUUUAUAUCUCUAUCACAGUACAGGCAAACUACAACUAGAAAGCCCUGUAGAGCAAUUGACCCUCCACAGCAAGUUCACAGUUGAAUGGAGUGUACUUAGGAUGAGAGCCAUUUUAACGGUGUGUUAUGGCAACCUGUGCUGUGUCGGACAUCCUCGUGGCUGCUGCUGAUGAUGAUGAUGAUAAGCAGCGGAGGUUAUGUUAGCACAGAUGGCUGCUCUUUGGAUGUUGUAAUUGUUGUCAUUGCAUUUCAGAUUAUCUGACAUUUGAUGCAACUCAUUAAGUUAAAUGGUGCUUGUUGGUUACGCUUAACAACACUUAAAACUCAGACGGAAAAAGAGCUGGACAUUGAAAGUAUAUUUUACAUAAAGCAGUACUGUGAAGUUUGCUUCGUAUAGUGUGUACCUACCGUGUAUUUUGCUUUUGCUGAAUGUUGUGAAAUUAACACAUUCAUUCCAGAAACAGUGGUUCUUACUUACCUUAGGGUCUGAGAGGCGUUUACUUGUGAAAUAUCAAUGAAUUCCUUUGACAUCGUGUAAAAUAAAUUGGCUUUUAAAUUCCACUUACAAGCCUCAUGAACUUGAAAAAUAAAAAAAAUCCACUUUUAUUCUCUUCCCUUUGCAGGAAUUUAAUAUUUAUGAGAUUGCUUGUCAUACUCUAAUUUUAGCCAUAUCCAGUCACUAAGUGGUCAGAAGUGGUUUCAAAGGUUACUGUUGUUGAACUUUUGUAUUUUUUUUAUGAUCAAGCAAUAGUGAAAGAUGUACUGCUGCCCUUAUUGUCCACCUGUGUGUUUGUAAAUGGAAGAUGCGUGUUUGUGUUACUGUCUCAACUACCCACAUCAAUACGUCCCACUCUAUGUAAAUAAUAAACAGAUGAAGUGAUACAUAAA